UGGCGUACACCGGACACUCCCCAGCCUGGAGCGCAGUAGCAGCCUAGGAGCAGCUGCCAGUGCGCAGGGAUUACAGCUGAAGCAGAGGCAUGGGGAUGGGGCAUGUCCUCCUGACAGCGGCGUUGGCAAUGGCCAUGGCCGCGGCGGCGGCGACAGCGAGCGCGUCGCCGGCCGAGGGGAUCCAGCCGCUGUCCAAGAUCGCCAUGAACAAGGCCACCGUUAACCUGCAUGGCUCCGCGUACGUGCGGGCCACGCCGGCGCUGCUCGGCGACCAGGAUGAAGACACUGUAUGGGUUACCGCGGAAUACGGCUGGGAAAACCCCUCCGCGGAUGACUGGAUCGCCGUCUUCUCCCCCGCCGAUUUCAUCUCGGGCUCGUGCCCUAACCCAUCGAGGUACCCCGGCGAGCCGCUGCUCUGCACGGCGCCCAUCAAGCUGCAGUAUCAGUACGCCAACUACUCUGCCAACUACCUCUACGGGGGCAAGGGCGCCAUCCGGUUCCAGCUCAUCAACCAGCGCUCCGACUUCUCCUUCGCCCUCUUCACCGGCGGCCUCGAAAACCCGAGGCUGGUGGCGGUGUCGAAGCAGGUGGCGUUCAGGAACCCCAAGGCGCCGGUGUUCCCGCGCCUGGCGCAGGGCAAGGCCCACGACGAGAUGACCGUGACCUGGACCAGCGGCUACGACAUAGGCGAGGCCUACCCGUUCGUCGAGUGGGGCGUGGUCGCCUCCGGCGGCCGCCGCCGCGGCAACCCCACGCGCACGCCCGCCGGGACGCUCACCUUCAGCCGCGGUAGCAUGUGCGGCGAGCCGGCGCGCACGGUUGGGUGGAGAGAUCCCGGGUUCAUCCACACGGCGUUCAUGAGGCAACUGUGGCCCAACAAACAGUACUUUUACAAGAUUGGGCACGAGCUCUCCGACGGGACGGUGGUGUGGGGCAAGUCCUACACUUUCCGGGCGCCGCCGACCCCCGGGCAGAACUCGCUGCAGCGCAUCAUCGUCUUCGGUGACAUGGGAAAGGCGGAGAGGGACGGGUCAAAUGAGUUCGCCAACUACCAGCCGGGGUCGCUCAACACAACGGACAGGCUUGUCGAGGAUUUGGACAACUACGACAUCGUCUUCCACAUCGGCGACCUGCCCUACGCCAACGGGUACCUCUCCCAGUGGGACCAGUUCACCGCACAGGUCGCCCCCAUCAGCGCCAACAAGCCCUACAUGGUUGCAAGCGGCAACCACGAGAGAGACUGGCCCAACACCGGCGGAUUCUUCGACGUCAAGGACUCCGGCGGCGAGUGCGGCGUGCCGGCCGAGACCAUGUACUACUACCCGGCCGAAAACAGAGCAAAUUUCUGGUACAAGGUGGACUACGGGAUGUUCCGGUUCUGCGUGGCGGACUCGGAGCACGACUGGCGGGAGGGGACGCCGCAGCACAGGUUCAUCGAGGAGUGCCUCUCCACUGUGGACCGGAAGCACCAGCCGUGGCUCAUCUUCGCGGCGCACCGGGUGCUGGGCUACUCCUCCAACUCGUGGUACGCCGACCAGGGCUCCUUCGAGGAGCCCGAGGGCCGGGAGAGCCUGCAGAAGCUGUGGCAGCGGCACCGCGUCGACAUUGCCUUCUUCGGCCACGUCCACAACUACGAGCGCACCUGCCCGCUCUACCAGGGCCAGUGCGUCACCGGCGAGCGGAGCAGCUACUCGGGCACCAUGAACGGGACCAUCUUUGUCGUGGCCGGCGGCGGCGGCAGCCACCUCUCGGGCUACACCAGCGCGAUCCCCAAGUGGAGCGUGGUCAGGGAUAAGGACUACGGGUUCACCAAGCUCACCGCCUUCAACCACUCGUCGCUCUUGUUCGAGUACAAGAAGAGCAGCGACGGCAAGGUCUAUGAUUCCUUCACAGUCCAUAGGGACUACCGCGACGUGCUCGGCUGCGUGCAUGACAGUUGCUUUCCCACCACGCUUGCUACCUAAACCAGCGAGACGUCACGGGGUUUUUCUGUGCAAUAAAACUGCCCGGCUGCA